CUUUGCUGUGCAUCCCUUUUCAACGCGAGAGAGGAAAGAAGCUGGAGCACCCGAAGCAGCCUGGUGCUCAGCCACUUUCAGAUCUAGAGCUUUGGGCCCCUCCCACUGAGAGCUAAUGGAAACAGCACAUGCGCACUCACCUGUGCAUGACUUUUCCAUUGGGCCCAUGCAUGACACAGGAGGAUCUGAUAAAUGUAUGCGGAAUUGUCUGCCUCGAGGCGUUGCCAGGGCUACAACUGUCACUAGGCUUGAAUCUUCUGUAACUGCUGCGCCCUCUGGAAUCUCUUAACCUCCAGUCUCCGGCCACUGCAGUUCUCUGUAGCGGAGGCGAGGUCCCUGAGAAGGCUGAAAGGCCAAGAGAAAACCCCUCCCUAUUUCUCCCUACCGGCUCUGAAGUCCAGUAGCGAAAAUGAAAAAGAUUUUCAGUUUCCGCAGAAAGCGAACAGUGAAUCCACUUCCAACCUCCGCCCUCAGGAGGAGGGACAGCGGGGUCCAAGAAUCCGAUCCUAAUUCAGGAUACCUGAUUAGGGCCAAGGACCUGGAGAAGAUCCACAAAGCUGCCUCCACUGGGGAUGUGGCGAAGGUGCAGCAGCAGCUGCUGCUGAGGAAGUCAGGCGUGAACGAUCGAGAUAAAAUGAAUCGGACACCUCUACACCUGGCCUGUGCUAAUGGAUAUCCAGAUGUUGUAGCUCUCUUAGUAGAGAGAAACUGCGAUCUAAACCUUCUGGACAAUGAUAAUCUAACACCUUUGAUGAAGGCAGUACGGUGUCAACAUGAGGAGUGUGCUACUACCCUGCUCGAACAUGGCGACCUCAAUCUUGUGGACACCGACAACAACACGGCACUUCACUAUGCUGCCUUUGGACAGAACACAGCUAUAGCAGCAAAGCUGCUGAAACACAACAUGGACAUUGAGGGAAAAAACAAGGAAGGCUAUACACCGCUUGUGGUUGCAAUUAGAGAAAAUAAUCUAGCUAUGGUAGAUUUUUUCUUAAAAAAUGAAGCAAAUGUGAAUGCCACGGAUAACACUAAAAGGACACCCAUCAUGCAUGCUGCCAUUGGUGAACCAGUAGGCAUAGUGAGUCGUCUUCUUCAAUAUGAUGUUGAUGUCUCUUGCCGAGAUAAAUCUCAACAGACAGUUUACGACCAUGCCACAAUCAGUGGUCGCGCAAUUCAUUAUAAACUAAUUACUGAGUAUGGAAGACAGAAGGGACUUUAUCAGUCCCAUUCAACCCUAACCAGAAGUUCAGAGAGUGCUUUUGAUCCAGAAUUUACUUUGGGUGCAGCUGCCAUGGAUCAAAUAGGUAAGACUUAAAAACCUGAAGAAAUAGUGACUUUAGAAAAUAAUGAAAGAGCAAUCUUAAAAUUCAUAUAUACUUUUUUCUGUUUCCAUUUUAUACUUUAAAUGGGUAGGAACUUAUUUAUUUUUGAUUAGUUACUUAAUUAUCCUUGUAGGUUCACUAUCCUGAAGCCAUUUACUAAAAACAGCCACAAGAUCUUUUGUGUUAUUAUUAUCUGCUUUAUCCAAAAAUUUCUUUA